AUGCUGCACAACCUGAUUCUCCCCAGGACUCUCCUUUGUGCUGUUCUGCUGCUGCUGCUGCUGGUAUCGGUGCUGAGCAAGGGCAAGGCAAAGUGCAGCAUUGUGGAAAUCCUGCGGCAAUACCAAGCCGUGAUCUUUGAUGAGCUCCAGAACCUGAAAAACUUGACUCGAUCUGCUGAAACCCCAAGGAGGGGGAGAGCUGGCCUAGCCUGCCUCUCUAACAAGGAGCAGAAAAUCCUGCUGUCUAUCUCCACCAUGAGCAUGUCUCUCAGGGACAUGGUCAGAGGCCCCUGGAGGAAUCCUGAAGUGGUGGCUGUGAUGCAGGUGGUCAGCAACACGGAGUCUGUGACCAAACAGAACUGCAAGAAAAUCCACAAGAAGAGUCUGUCAACAGCUACAGAGAAACCGCGACACAGAGGCCAGGGCAACAGGAGAAAGCAGCUGAAGGUGAUCGCGCGAACAGUGGAAAACUUGGUCACCUGCUGGGAGAAGCUGUUCUCUCUCCACUCAAAGGACUGGGACACAUAG